AUGAACAGAGGGAACCCAUCGCGCACAGUGUAUUUAGGAUCAAUACCUUAUGACCAGACAGAACAGCAAAUCUUAGAUCUAUGCCAGACCAUCGGGCCAGUAACGGCAAUGAAGAUGAUGUUCGAUCCGACUACUGGUAAGUCGAAGGGGUAUGCUUUUAUAGAGUUCAAAGACUUGGCCACUUCAGCUAGUGCUGUGAGAAACUUGAAUGGAUACCAGCUUGGCUCGAGGUCGUUGAAAUGCGGUUACACCACUGGAAGCGGUAUCAACGGUAGUGGUGCCAACUCUGGGCCUGGCGAUGACGAGGAAAACGGCCCUUCCAGCAUGGCAGAUGACGUGAAAUUCCCCUGGCUACCUGUAGGGGUGGACGUGAAUAUCAACAUGACAACGCCCGCUAUGUGCAUCAGCAGUGAACUAAGCAAGCUACAAAAAGAUCAACAAAUUGAACUGAUAAAGGUAAUACAAACUUUCUGCAAGGACGAUAAAGAAACCUUCGUCAAUCUACUCGAAGAGGCCCCACAACUCAGCUACGCUGUCGCAGAACUUUUGUUGAGUAACGGAGUAUGUAGCGUGGACGAACUAACACAGCUAGCAAUGGCUAGCAAGCAGAAAACGGAAGAACCGAUGGAAAACAACAUCGAAGACGGUCUAGACGAAGAAAAAGUCGAUCUACUAAGGCAGGUUCUCCAGUUGCAGGAUUCCGAUAUCGCAAUGCUUCCGCAAGAAGAAAAGAUGGCAGUGUGGGAUCUCAAACAGAGGGCAAUGAAGGGAGAAUUUGGACACCUUUAA